AUGGGCCCCGUCAUGAACCACCGCGUACCUCACAGGGGGAGGAAGUCACUGAAGCAACCUGCGGCCAGCGGCCAGCAGGAGGGCUCAAUUACGCCCGGUUUGUUACGAUACGGCAAGGCCCAAUCAAGCACCGGGGGGCUUGAGGUCCUACCCACCGCUCCUUUCACAAGUCCGAGUCCUUCGUCGGGAACGAACGCUCGCCCGAAGCUAGAAAUUCUCGAUCUCAGCAAAGCGCAGAUACCGGAUUCAUCAACGGUCAGCGUCCCCGAUCUCGGGACAAUCGUAAUCGAAAACGCGUCCUCGAAGUCAUGGGGACAGCUAGUCAUUUUGUUCAAGUGUAGGACUCGCUUCGCGAAUGCUUGUACGGGUGGGCAACUGUUAGACACCCCAGGGGAAGGUUGUAUAUAUAGGAACACCAUUACCCUACUUCUAAACAGCAUGAUGCACAAUAAUCAACUGACAGACCUCCGGUUCAAGAUGGCAAAUACAUUAAGCAUCAACAACUCCUCGUUGGUUAAUGCACUUCGUGCGGAUGAUGAGGAAAUUCAUAACGUCCUCGGGGUUGUUCUCUUGACACCGGAACUAACCAGCCGUGCGCUCGAGUUGAGGGACUCCGAGGCCGAGACUCUGCUAGAUCUCCUACAGAGUAUGCUUGACAAAGGCUUUCUGUUCAAUAUCUUGGACACCGAAACUAUUCGAAAAACUCAUAAUCUGAUCUAUCGGCUCUCCAAAGCGUGCGGAAUAUUCCCCUCGUCAGUCAUGGUCGAGGAUGUCGUCAAUGUAGAGCCAACGGCCGUGAAUGGUGGAGGAUACGCUGACAUUUUUCGGGGCUCCUACCAAGGAAAGCCAGUAGCGUUGAAACGCCUGCGCAUCUUCUUGAAGGGGCACGACAGGCAUGAGGCCCACAAGGCAGUUUGCCGGGAAGCCCUUCUCUGGAAGAGGGUCCAACACAAAUAUGUGCUCCCUUUCCUAGGGAUCGAUGGGACCACGUUCUCUCCAUCAAUAUGUCUCCUUUCGCCGUGGAUGAUCAAUGGAACCAUUAAUGACUUUAUGAAAGAGAACAAGGAUUCUCUCCUGAAGCAGCAUAUAUUCGAAAUAGCAGAAGGACUGGAACAUCUUCACGGGCAUAAUAUCAUCCACGGAGACCUACGCGGGGCAAACAUCCUCAUGGACGCCGAUUGGCACGCUCGGAUAGCAGACUUUGGACUGGCAGCACUAGCGGAGACAACAUUCUCGGAUGAGAGCUCCCCUGGCACUGGCGCUGUUCGCUGGAUGGCUCCAGAAUUAUUUGAGCCAUUCCAGGGCUUGGGAGUGGAAUCGGGAAGAACCAAAGCUACGGAUGUAUAUUCGUUUGCUUGCACUUGCGUCGAGGUUCGUGUAAAUUCGGUUCCUGUCUCUCCUUUAUAA